GUUCACCUCAUCAUCAAUGGUUACGCAUUGUGACAGUGUGCACCCGAGGUAAGAGAAUCGGUUUACACUUUUAAGCCUUUAAAAUCCAUGAUAUUUGUGUAGCCGAGUGGUAAGCGACAGCGUGCAGUUUUAAUAUAUAUUUGGUUUAUAAACUAAGUAAAAGGCAAUGAGUACUAUAGCCUUUUAUUUGUUCUUAGAGUGUUGUUUAAAACGGAAUUGCUCUCCCAAUGAGUAGGAAAUUUGGAAUGAACCCAGUAGUGACAUGCGAGGUAUUCUGUUACACCUGUAUAAAGUCCGGUAAAAACGUCAGUCACGGUUUAAUUAUAUACGUUACAAUAAAGUAUUAGUUUAUUGGUUUAGGUCAUUUUCAGAGUAUGACAAGUAUUACAUUAACAUAACAGCAUGCGUUCUACAAUGAUAUGACAGUUGUUGAUAUGCGCCAAGUUUACAUAGACUGGCCACCAGUAUGCAAUUAGGGAUUCUACUUUGUGGUGCUUGGGUUAAACGUAUUGCCAUGCAUUAAGAGUUACAUAGACCUGUGUGCGCAUUUGUGACUAAACAUAAAUUAUAAUUAUACACAUAUUGUUGAUUUGUGUUUUUACACUGGCGUGAUAUCACAACAGUAAUAGUUAGCCUCGGACAACUUUAAUUUCAAGUCCACAAUACCUGACUAUGUGUAUAGCAUAUUUGUGAUCUAACCGGUAAUUAUUUCGUAGGACUGAACCAAACAGACACACUGGCUAAAAAUGAGGUGUCUUGACCCACGACACAAAUUUUAGCACACAACAGUGCUCCCAAAGCAUUGUUUUAUCCCCCCCCCCACACCCCAACUGAUCACAUAAAAUGUUUUAAUAGCAUCCCCAACAUACAAAUUAGUGGGGUGACAAUAAGAGGUCUGCAUGCUGCCGAAAAGAAGACUUAAGUUCAAACUAGUUGCCUUUUAAAAAAAUAAUAUUAAUUUAUGGCCUUAAGAUACACAAUCGUAUGUUAAAACUGGAAAUAAGUGAAAAUGUAUUUGAAUUGUAAUUAAUUUAAGUGGUUAACUUUAAAAAAUCAUGUUUAACAUUACACCCCCACCAUUUUGACCCCCCCCCCCCNAACAACAAAAUUUCCUCUAUUGCAAAGUUUUAGCUCAAGAAAGGGUCCCCAACCCAGGGUGAGCCAAUAUAUUGUCACGAACACUCUCCUUUUCGCUAAAAAUGACGCCUUUCCAUUCAAAGCAAAAAAGUGAUGCCCAGGGCAGACCGCUUCGCCUGCCCCCUUAUCUUGUCCCAUAGACUAUAGACAAUUAUAUUAUAUGCCCUCCUAUUAAUUACAAAGUGCCUCCCUGUGUGGGUACGCCACAAGCAUGGGCGCCCGCAGGGGGGGGAAGGUGGGGCACUUGCCCCCCCCUGGAUUGAUUGGAUACAAUUUUUUAGACAAAAAUAGACAAAAAAUGUAUUAAAGUAAAGAGAAAAUAAAGAGAAAGUAACUAAGCUGAUGUCCUGUCCGUUCGUUCACCAUACAAAUACCCUACAGUAAAUUAAAACUACAUUAAAACUUUGCCAAACAUUUUUUGCCCCCCUCUAGAAUGGUAAUUAAUUUUUUGCCCCCCCCCCCCCCUAGAAAGCUUUCUGCGGGUGCCCUUGGCCACAAGUAAGGGAAUAUAAUUCGUUUUUCUUUCUAAGGCCAAAGAGUCAACGACUGACAAGACCUUCGAUGUUCUGCGUGUACAUAGGCCAAAGUCAAAGGAUUUGCAGGUACACCGACGCGGUUUAUGUACUGCAGGCUUUUUAACCAUUUUUUUUUUAUUCCCCUUCACUGUCAAAAGAUUUCUAAUCCUUUGCGGAGAGCUAUUACUACUAUUAGUAUUAUGGUAAAUUUUGUACAUAUAUACAUUUUUUAGUAUCAAAAUCCAUUGGCAUUAUAUUUUGGCUUAGAAAAACGCUGAGCGUUCUGGGAAUUUAGGUUGGUACUUCAAUUUCAAUUUUAAUUCACCGCAAAAAUUAUUAUUAUUCACACUUCCAAUAAAACAAAUAACAAAGGGUCGUAAAACAAAUGUUCUUUUGAAUGAAAACGUUUAAGUUUAAGCUUAACUCAACGCAAAAAUGAUUGUACAUUGUAAUUUACAUUGUACAUUAUUUUACAUUUCCAUUAAAACACUUCACACUUCAAAUAAAACAAAUGUUCUUUUGCAUUAAAACAUAUUUACUUCUUUUAAAGUCCUCUGCUACUGUGGUGGACCUGGUGGUCAAAUUUGAAAAAUAUCGUCUAAGAGUGGCGUUGAAUACAUUUAAACCAUUCUCUUUAACGUGUCGACGCAAAAUGAACCCACACAUAUAAGAAUCGAGCAUAUGUCUGUGUGUGUCAUUGUUUCUCUCUUUUGCCAAUUUCCAAGUAUGUUCGUCGAUGCGUUGAGUAUUGGCAUUCCAACGAAUUCAAGGUGUCUACAGAAGCAGUUGUAUUUAUUAAACCAUAUAUCAGAUAUAACUGCAUAGACAUAGAAUAGCAGUAUCGGUAAUGAUAAUUUUUGCGGCGCAAAAAAUUGCGGUGAAUUAAAAUUGAAGUGCCAUAAGGUUUAUUUACGCUAGUUUGGCAAUUUAAAAAAAAAGUAUUAUUCGAAAUUAGCAACAUUAUGGGUUGUUUUGAACUAUAACAUUUAAAGUGUUAACGGAAAUUUUAAUUGAAUUAAUUUUAAUUAAUAUUGAAUGACAUGGACAUGAUAGUAUUAGCACUAGUGCUAUUAUUAGUAUGAUUGCUUGUAUCUUAUAUAUUAUAAGUCUAAGUUAAAGUCUAAAUUUCUUAGAGUCUAAGACUAAGAAGAUGAUUAUGCCUUAAGGCAUUUCCAUGGUUUAAGUCUAGUUCUGUAUUCUGAUUGAUUAGGUUUUUAUAUGUUGCUAUGACUAUGCGGUUUGUUUUACUGACUAAUUCAGGAAAUACAUUCCAAUGUAAUGUCAAUUCAAUAAUGUUAUUCUUUUUGUUGUUAAUAUAUAUUUUGUGCUGUUAACUAAUUAUUUUUUUUUUUGAGGUAAUAGUUUUUGUAUAGUUAACACCUGAAAACUUUUUUUGUUUAAAAAAAAAAAUCAAGAUCUAUUUUACGGAAAUCACUUCCAUAUUCCCAAACAAUUUCCCAAACCAAUAUUAAUAUAUACCAGUGUGUAAAAUUUCUUAUGUUUACUAACUGUGGUAAAAGUAAACUGGUAUAUAGGUAGUCCAAACACUUCCAUAUUCCCAAACAAUUUCCCAAACCAAUAUAUACCGGUGUGUAAAAUUUCGUAUGUUUACUAACUGUGGUAAAAGUAAACGGUAUAUAGAUAGUCCAAACAGAAUAUUUAUUCGUCUAGUCUUUAAAUUUAACUAACUGUGUGAGCCCUGGUGACAGCUCAAGUGUUACUAUUGCUAUGCUCUCUGAUAUGGUACUACUAAUACAUUGCAAUCGCAGAGUGAAGGGUUCAAUUUUAUUUUUUACUUUUGUUUUUACUAUUUUUCACUGAAGAAGGCUUCUUGCCAACAUCAUUGGAGUGUUGUGUCGUUUUCUUCUGGUUUUACCCUUACUUAGUUUCCUUUUAUUUAACCUCUUUUUAGUCUCUCCCUCUGACUCUUAUCACCUUUUUAAAUAUUACCAGCAAUAUUUAACUGAACUAAUUGUGAGAGUCUAAAAGAUUAUUUGGCAAAAAAUGCAUAACAAUGCAUAAACAGUUACAAUGAAAUUGCCUGGAAGUACAUGAUAAGUUACAAUGCAAUAAAAUGUUGGCACAUUUCCUCACGCUACGAUUUCCAACCAACAUUGAACAGUAAUAUGUUCAACUAUUCCUCACUUUUAUCAAAGUGGAUCAUUAAAUCCGAUCAAGCUGUGGCCAGUUGUGCUACCGCUGCUUACAUGACCUGGCGCCGUCCUAUCUGAAAGAGCUGCUUACGCCUUAUGUACCCACUAGAGAGCUCCGCUCAUCCGAUAUUGGCAAACUCUCGACAUCACGUGUUUGCCUUGAGACUUACGGAAAGCGCACUUUCGCAUUUGCUGGUCCAACUAUUUGGAACGGCCUUCCUGUCGAUCUCAGAAACAAUCAGACACUGGAGUCCUUUAAAACAGAUUUAAAGACACAUCUAUUUCGCAAACACCUUCUGGGAUGAUUGUCAACCUUAUUUUCCAGUUAGUGCAUAAUGGCUGUGUUGCUUGGGGUUGAAAUGGCUAGAAAGACUCUGCAAUUGUAUGCUAGUAAUUAGUUUUUGGAUGGUUGCGUUUGUUUUAAAUGUGGUAAAUUAUAGAUUUGUAUUUCGUUUACUUUGUACCGCGCUUCGAGCCUUUGGGGAUGAAGCGUGUUUUUGAAAUGAACUUUAUUAUUAUUAUUUGUGUGCUAUCCAGUAGCACUCUCACAAAAUCGUAUUGAAUUACACAAUACUGGUACAAAACUCUUUGGCACUUAAGACUGAGUUACUCUAAUAGAAAAGUAGCAGUAGUGCUAAAAACAAAAUGAGUUACUCAGCCCCAACUCUAAAUUAAACCGAUUGAGUACCAUAUUGACUAUUGAGAAGACUUCUGAAUUACCAACUGUUGUAAGUUGUAGACACUGUUACUGUUAUAGGGUAAAAGUAAUUAGGCGAAUAAAUUAUUUUAAAAUAAUAUUUGAUAUACCAGGUAGAGCUUAGUUUAACCAAGGUUUUGUCUAAGGCUGUGCGAAGGAAAAACAGCGCUCUGUUUCAUCAAAAACUUAUAUAGGAUUACAUACACACACACAUGGGCACCCGCAGGUAGUGGCAAGGUGGGCCACUUGCCCCUCCCCCCCCCCCGUGGUGGAUUGAUUGGAUAAAAUUUUUUUAGUCAAAAAUAGACAACAAAUUUAUUAAAGUAAAGAGAAAAUAAAGAGAAAGUAACUAAGUAACUAAGCUGAUGUCCUGUCCGUUCGUUCACCAUACAAAUACGCUACAGUAAAUUAAAACUUUAUUAAAACAUUACUAACAAUUUUUUGCCCCCCCCCCGGAAAGUUACCCGGUAAUCGAUUUUUUUGCCACCCCCUAGAAAGUUUUCUGCGGGCGCCCAUGCACACACAGACUAUUUGUGAAAUUUAAUUUCAGAAACUUUGUACAAAACUGGAUCUCAAUUUUUUUUUUUAAAAUUGUUAUCUUAGAUUGGUAGGCUGAGGAAACAAGGAAAAUGGGUAAACUUGCAAAAUUAACAUCUUGGUUAAAUCCAAUCGAAAUAUCAGUGACUAUUAUUGCUCCUUAAAAUGAAGUAGCGUCAUCUCAUCCUCUAUUGGAUCCAGCCAUCUAAUUCCAGACAAUACCAUUACCUAUUUCCUCUGCUGGGGAAAUGUAAAAACUGAAACACACAAAACUGUGUCAGAAAACGAGAGUGUGAUUCACCACACUGAUCCCGGGCUAUGGAAUAUUAAGAACACUUGUACGGUUGAGUACUGGAUUCGCCAUGAGCAGUGGCGACACUACACCAGGUCCCGCCGGGUCCCAGGACCUGGUAAAAAAACUUGGGAAUGGCAAGUAUGUAAAACUUGAAUGGCUUCUCUAUUCACCAAACCAAGGUGUUUGUAUUGUUUUGCAUGUCGUCUAUUGUACAAAAAAGUAUUUCCCUCUGCUAUAUCAGGAUUCCAUUAUUGGAAACAUAACAAUAGUAUUGUAGAACAUGAAAAUUGAGUAGUGCAUUGCAAGGACGUGACUGCAUAUUUGCUUGGACUGAAAGAAGCUAGGUGUUUAGGUCCUUUAUGAAUCAAAGACCAUAGGUCAAAACAGAAGUACUGGCAUCAAGUUCUGACUCGUGGGGUUUAUGGCGUUCGCUUUCUUGGCUCCAGAGGUUUGGGUCAAACUAUUGGGUCAGUAGGCAAUGGACAUUUUUAAAGGUGUUGAGUGAAUGUAAUCCUUUUUUUGGAAGAGCGCCACAAACUAUAAUGGAAAUGCUGGAAAGGACAACACAUCAUACCGGUCUGCAAAUAUUUGAGAAUAAUUUAUUGAUCUAUUGUGGCAACAUGUCCUUUGUCCUAUUCUGAAAAAAAUUACAGAGUCAAAGUAUUAUUCAAUAAGUUAUGAUUCGACUUCAGACAUUUCACACAUUGAUCAACUGACAUUUACGGUCCGGUACAUUCGAGGAUGUAAGUCUGUGGGACGUUUUAUCAAGUUAAUCUUCAUAUUUUCCCAUGGAGCAAAGGAUCUAACAGACACUGUUUGUAUCAAAGGAUCUAGCAGACAAUGUUUUGGAUUUCCUGAAUGAGAACAAAAUUCCACCUUCAAUUUGCUGUGGUCAAUCGUAUGACAAAUCUUUACAUUUCAAUGUCUAUGGACGCUACACUGCGUGGAUUGCAAGCAUGGCUGCGUCAAUGGAACGAGUUUGCCGUGUAUGUUCCUUGUGCUGGACACAGUCUGAACUUAGUGGGCUUAAAAGCAACAAGUUGGAAAAUUCUUUGACUUUCUUCAGCGCCUAAAUACCUUUUCUCAGCUUCUACACAUUGAUGGAAUGUUCUGGUAUCUUCCUUAGUAAAAUCUCUCGUUGUCGUAAAGCAUCUGUCUGACACAAGAUGGUCGGCACAUUUUGAUGCCAUCAACGUUUCGAAAAAAAUACAAAACGCUCUGGACUCAGCUGACACUGAUCAGGAAAAGAAAAACGAGGCGUGAGGCAGAAAGACUAAGUACUCAAAUUGACAACCUGAUAAUUUAUCAUAACAUGGGAUGAAUUAUAAUGUAUUUCUGAUCUUAUAAAAACCAUUAUUGAAUUGGAAUGUUUUUGCUUUUGUUUAAAUAAGUUGAAUUAACCUAUUUGUAACUUUAUUGAAUGUUUAUUCUUUACAAUUUUAUUCCUCUUGGUGAUUUGGGAUGGGAGCAACAACUGUUUGCGCCCCCCCCCCUAUUGUUUGAGCAUGGGGCUAGUGCCCCACUCCCCCCCCCCUUUCUAACGACCAUGGUGUCUUGUGUUGCUGGGGGCCCCAGUGCAUUGCUGUGCCCAGGGCCCCCCAUGUUCUUAAGACGACCCUGCUGGUCAGAACUGUUGGCGAUCGUCCUAUACACUGCCGUGCAUGUCUUCCGCGAACAGUCUUACUUGGGAUGUCAGCUUUUUGAGUUAAUGCAAUGUAGUAGUGUGGUGUGUAGGUGAUCUUGGAUGAAUACGUCACGCAGUAUGUCUUCUGGGAGAAUGCCAGGUCGUGCAGAAUUAGCUAACAUGAAGAUGUUGCGCAAUUCUUUCGCAUAAUCCUCGACAGUUUCCCCAAGGUAUUUUUGUCUACGGUAGAAUGCGGCCGCUACAGUUGUGACGUCACGAUGAUCACCCCAGUUAUGCAAAAUCAAGUGCAGUAGUUUAUCUGGAGUGUCUAUCGUAGGAACAGCUUGGUCCAAAAUGUCCUGACGAGCACGUCCCUAUUAUCCAGAUGACCGCUGAGGUUGCGGGCAUCGGCUGAAGUUGCAGGAAUAACCUUACUUCCUUCACAAACUGCUCUGCAUUGCACUCGCCAUCAAAUUUAGACAGCUUGGGUGGACUGUUGGCUAGGUGAAACUGCUCUACUGCACUUUUCUCCAUCGGUCGGUCUAUGUGUGUUCUGUCUAUGAUUGUGUUACCUUUUCUUUAAAACUGUCCUCAAAGAAUCCUGCCGACAACGCCAAAACUGUAGCCGAGUGGUAGUGGUGACCCUGCCGACGACGCCAAACAUGGUUUUCGUAACGGGUCUAAUAGCGGGUUGGGGCAUACACUGCCACACAAUAUCAUCAAAAAUUUGAAUUUGACAGUACGUGUUGGCAAACUCCAAACAAAGCUUGGCAAACUCCAAACAAAGCUUGCCAAGCGAAAGUUAAGAUGGGGAAAAAAUGUCAGCAUCAGAGUUUGUGUCGGCAGCCAUGAAUUGUCCCGUCAUUUUAAGACGGUGGUGUGGCCCGUUAUGUUUGUCCCCUUGUGUAAAAAAACCAACCUGGAUGUUAUUAGUGGAUCCACUGAACAAAUUUCGCCUCUGAGGUUUGAUGAUUGGAUAUUUAUAUAGUGCUGGUAUCCAUGCUACUUUAGCAUGCUCACUGCGCUGGUAUCCAUGCUACUUUAGCAUGCUCACUGCGCUGGCAUCCAUGCUACUUUAGCAUGCUCACUGCGCUGGUAUCCAUGCUACUUUAGCAUGCUCACUGCGCUGGUGUCCGUGCUACUUUAGCAUGCUCACUGCGCUGAUGUCCGUGCUACUUUAGCAUGCUCACUGCGCUGGUAUCCAUGCUACUUUAGCAUGCUCACUGCGCUCGGGUUUUCUUAAAUCUAUUUGAACAAAAAAGUUUUAAAAUGUUUCUUAAAUGAUUUUUUUUUAUCAUUUUCAAUUCCUCUCAAAGAUUGAGGCAAACUGUUCCAUAAUUUUGGCGCUAUCGCUUCAAAGAGCGCACUCCGUAAGACAUUUUUCUGUGUUAAUCCACACUGGAAAUGUUCAGUAAGGAUCGUCUUGAAGACCGCAGGUUCUUUAAGGAUACAUGUUUAUAAAUCAGUUCUUUAAGAUACCUAUUCCGGUGCAGAGCCUUCUAUGCAUCUGUACCCAGGGACAGAAUUUUGUGGUAAAUGCGCUCACUAUCAUUAUCCUCAUCUUCUGUGCAAUUUUCACAACUAUCUUUUAACUCAAAGGAGAAGCCGGAAACUGGGAUCUCAACUCUUGAAGCCUCUUCAUCAAAACAAAUCAACUCGUCUGACCUUGACCCAGGAGUGUUUGUGAAUUCGGUCAAAAUGUCACCCCUACGUCAUCUAAUGGCCGCUACCUGGUUACGAUCUCCACUUCUUGUUUACGAAAGGCGUAGCUUGUCCAGGUUUUAGUUUGACUCAUUUGACAUCGCUAUGUUGAAGCGGAAGGUGAUUUACCUAUUCAACACCCGUGGGCGUGUUAACCAUAGGCUCGGGUAUCUAGUAAUUCUCGGGCCUUUCAUUAAAAAAAAAACAAAAGCAAAAAAAAACCUGUGAAUUAUCCACAAUACACUAGGUUCUCAGUCUUCGCAUCUGAUGCAGUCAUUACCCUCAUCUAAUUGACGGGACGAACCCAACUAACUAAUAGCUAUAUGAGCUUGACUCAGGCAUUGCCGUGAUCUGGCAUCUCACCUCCUCAUCAAAAAAAAACCUGUGAAUUAUCCACAAUACACUAGGUUCUCAGUCUUCGCAUCUGAUGCAGUCAUUACCCUCAUCUAAUUGACGGGACGAACCCAACUAACUAAUAGCUAUAUGAGCUUGACUCAGGCAUUGCCGUGAUCUGGCAUCUCACCUCCUCAUCAAAAAAAAACCUGUGAAUUAUCCACAAUACACUAGGUUCUCAGUCUUCGCAUCUGAUGCAGUCAUUACCCUCAUCUAAUUGACGGGACGAACCCAACUAACUAAUAGCUAUAUGAGCUUGACUCAGGCAUUGCCGUGAUCUGGCAUCUCACCUCCUCAUCAAAAAAAAAAGUCUGAGCUUGAUUAAGGAUUACUUACUUCAGCUCGUUUAUAUCAUGUUGAAGCAGAAGGUGAUAUACAUGUUCAACGCCAUUGGUGCCAAACAAUUCUAAGUUCGUAAUCAAAAGACUCAGGUGUAUUUUCAGGUUUAUUUUAUAACCACAACUAACACCAAUAAAGGCCAGGGCCCUACAUGGGCUGUAGUGCCACUGAUGAUGACUAACACCAAUAAAGCCAGUUUUCUAAUCAAUCCAACCAGUUUCGCUAUCACUGGCCUCAGGUUUAUAGCCGAUAUCAACGUCUCUAAUACAAGUACAAGGUUCAUAAUCAAGAGCAACAGUUUCACGAUCAAUAGGCUCAUGUUUGUAGCCGUUAUCAAGGUCACUAAUACAAGGUCCAUAAUCAAGAAAAACAGUUUCAAUCAAUAGGGUUUAAAUCAAUAGGCGUAUAACAUCAUUUAUUUCAGGUUCAUAACAUAACAUAAUAUCACCAUAAGUUUCAAAUUUGGUGCAAGGGCUAUAGUCAUUUUGGACGUUAUAAAAACUAACCCGUUUCUCUAGACGUUUCUCAGAUUCUCCACAAUGGUCCUCACAUAUACCAAAAGAAAUUUUGUUAAAAUCAGGAUUGUCAUUUUUAGUUUUAUUUUCUAUAAAUUUUACUCAAGAAUUGUUCUCUCGAAACCAUUUUUAAAUUUAUUCCGAUUCCCAGUAACUUUGAUCCUCGUAUAUUUCCUCGGUUGAAUUUGGUUAGCGUCUCUAAUGUGUUGUCUUUAAAUGAAUUCUGAUUGACUUUACUCUCAGGGAAGCUUGGUACCUCGUCCAAACACUUGGACCUUAUUGUUAUGUCUACUGCAGUAGUCGUGCGUUCAUGUUCAUCCUCAGUCUUUAUAACUCCAGGAAAGGUGUUGAUUUCAUUCAUUUAUCCCCACAGUGCCGCAGCUAGGGUUAAAAUAAGUCAGCAGUAUAACAAUGACAAGAACAAAAAACAAGUUAAAUGAAGGUCAGGAGGUAACAUCUUUUUAAAAAUGUGACAUGUACUUAGAAUCGCCCGACCACAUCGUAAUUGAUAUCAAUAGAAAGCUUUAUUUCUUAGAAUUUAGAUGCACAUAGCUUCCUGUCACUUAAGAAAGUUACCGAACACUUCAAUCGGCGUUGAGUCGUGAUCAAAACGCUGUUUUUCUAACCGAAUAAUAGCUCCACCUCAUUUCUGACGCAUCAACCUUGAUAUUUGAAUAAAGCACGUAUUUGGAUUGGUUACAUCUGUGAGAAAAUGGACGUUUGACCGAUUAUCCUUUUAUUAUGCAAUUGGUUAGACAUAGCAUUGUGCAUUUUUUCAAUUUAGUGUCACCACUUGAGAUGGUGUCACCCCAACUACGCAACUAAAUCCCUUCAUUAAAUAUUACUUUCGUAACCGGUAUAUAUUUUUUUUACCACCGAUUCCGAUGGCUUACUUAUAUGCGUAGGUAGAUCCAAACAUUUUUCUCUUCGAUUCUCUCUUGUUCUAUUUCAUGUUCCCCUCCGCGAGAGUUUCUAACACUUACGUUUCUUUUCUAGUUUAAUUGUAUGUUCUCGUUCCUCCGCCCCUUCCCUUUCUAACUCGGCCAUCUUCCUCUAUGUUUGAGUUCUCUUUGUCUUGUGUGGCGCUUCGCUCAGGUCGACCCUGUUGAUUACGGCCAUGGAUGGUUCUGUUGUGGCGGGCACCUAGGGUUGCUGUGGCGUUAGCCUUAUAGGCUGGGCUUGUUGGUUCUGUUGGGCACCCACUGUGGAUGAUGGCUAUGACUGGUUCUGUUGGGCUUUGGUCCCAAAAAUUGGCCAUGGUUGUGGCGGACAAAAUGCUGGGUUCAGCUUACAAACGUUUGAGAGUUCCGCGUACCUUAGGUCAGGCCACAAUUGUUGAUGUAUGUUAGUUAGGACACUUUUGACGAGCUCCUCUUUGUGGCCAAUGAUACAAUACUUGGUUCUGUUUGGCCGGGCCCUCACUUUGGCCAAUGAUUAUGGCUGCUAUUACUAAUAUGGCACUUUUGACAGGCCCUGGUGUACGUUGUCUAGGAUUAGGUCCAUUUGGGUAAGGCGUCCCCCCCCCUCCCCUUUUUCCUGAAUUUACAGGUUUUAUUUAAAUUGCUAUGUACUGUGGCGCUCCCAGUAAUAAACAACUUAACAUGCCGACCAAGUUUUUGUCUACCCCCCCUCCCCUGAAAAAAACAUGAAAUGACGCUCUUGAUUAGGUCUCCUCCAUAUGGUCACAUAAAACAAUGUUACUAAGAGUCUAGAACUUUGUUUCUGUCUCCUCGGCCCUACAAGUACAAGGCUUAUGUGUAUAAUUAAUGAUAUUCACCCCCCCCCCCCCCCCCGCUCACAUAAUGUUCACAGCAAAGGUUUUAAUCAACACUCAGACGAGGUCAUACGCAGCUUAGUUCAAUUUGUGAUUUAAGUAUUUAAAGGAAAAAUAUAACAGGAAAAAAUAUCUAUGUUCACACACAUAAUAACUUAAACAUUAGAACUACCAGUACGUCAUAAUCUGACUGACUGUGACACUUUUAUGCCAUGCACACACUAAUUAUAUUCAAAUACAACACAUGAAUAUAUAGGGCCUAUUCCUAUUUUUCUGCCAACAGAGUUUGGUUGGAUGCUGGUAGUUCUUUUCAUCAAUCUUAUAUUUAAUGGUUUUGUAAUUUAAAAAAAAACAAAAAAACAACAACCCAUAAUGGAAAUGUCUAGCAAAUAUCUAUAAAAAUUUAUAUGGAUAGAUUGUAGAUUAUAAUUAUAUUAUGUUGGGGAACACAUUUGUCCGUAAGUUACAUGUAACGGUAGUGGCGACGUCGCUACAUACACAAUCAUUCACAAUGCAUAUUAUGUUAGUGAUGACACUACACACAAAAUUUAUAUGUUAGUUAGUGAUGACACUACGUACAUUAUGAUACUAUGUAAAUGUACACAUUGUCUAUUGUAGUGAUAGUAGGCCUAUACACAAUGUAUGGAUAUCUCAUAGCUUUCAAAUGUGAUGUCUUAAUUACUUUAAAAAAUAUCAUUUCUUUGUGUUUGAGCACUGUUUUUCAGAUAAUCAAAUUGUGUAAAAAUAUCUUUAAUUCAAAAUAUCCAAAAGUCUUACUUAUGUGAUUAAUCAUAAGGAGACACAAUCGUAAGUGGUAUAGUAUAAGGUAAGUAUUAUUUAUUAGCAUAUCUUUCUAAAACUAGUCUCAUCUGUACAAAGUGCUCUGGUCUUGGUGAGAAAUCUUUGACCCAAAUCAGAAGAGAUAACAUUUGCUGUUAAAUACUGAACUUAAACUUGUCUAAUCUGGUGGCGUUUAGCUAAGGUGAUUCUUAAAUCAGACUUAGGCUUGGUUGACUAGGCAAGUGGUGUCUUGCUUCAAGCUAAUUAAUUUAUCUAUAUGAUCAUGUUUUAUUAUUAUAUUUUUAUAUUGACUACAUUUCAUUUUAACAAAUCAAUUUAAUAAUAUUUUUAAUCAACCUCAUAUUAAAAUGUAUUUUAAUAUACAAAUGCUCCAAUGUUUUCUCUCACAGAACUCAACAAAUAGAAACUUGUAGAAUCAUCAAUUAUUUUGCAAUGGCUUCCCCAAAGAUAGAAGUGGCUGUAAAGAAUUGUUGUCCCUCAAUCGGAGAAGGUCCACACUGGGAUGUUGCUACACAGUCCCUGUUGUAUGUUGACAUUAUUUCUGGUGGGGUGCACAGAUGGGAUUCUAACACAGGAAUUGAGGAAAAAAUUAACUUGGGUAAUUUUUAGUUACUGUAGUGUUAGUUAUUACUUUGAUCGUUAACAACGUAAAUUGACUCUAUUUUGAUUCUGCAAGUGAGCCUGUAGUGAUAGACACAUCCCAUCUUUGCUUAAAAUUUUGUUUUAGUUUUGGAAAAGCAUAUAGGCAACUUAUUUAUACUUUUUUUUAAACAGCUAAGCUCUAACGAUUUAAUGUGGUCAUGUGGUUUAUCUAUUUUUUUUCUCUCUCAAACCCUUCAAUCCCUAAAACUAUAUGAAGUUGCCUGUACAUAAUGAAAACUGACACAUUUGAAAUUCUAACUAUGGCCUACAUAAUUAGAAAUGUAAAUUAAGUGUAUUCAGAAACCUGAUUUAAGACAUUGCAAAAGAAAUUAGAACUUUAAGUAUGAAUCUUAAUCAGCAUAGAUACAAAUUACAGUCAUCAGGUAAAAUGAAAAGAGAGGGAAAGCUAGUUAUGGUCUGGGCCAGAUCAGGCACUCCAGAGCGGCCAUCUAGGAGUAAAGGAAAAUUGUUAGAAAGCUGUGGUGAAAGAGAAGUGUAUAGGGUGGAAAAUCAUUAUAGGUCAAAGUAGCAGAGGCGCUAGAUCAGGCCCUGAAGCAGUGGUGUAGCUAAGGGGACCGCACUAAUUGACACCAUUUCAGGGGUGACAACAAACUGAAAAAUUGCAUAAUUGCAGAGCACAUACUGCUCAAUCUAUCCAAAUUUCAUAUAAGGAUGAUCGAUCACACAUAAAUUUUCCACACAUAACCAAUACAAAUAUAUUGAUGCGUCAGAAAUUAGGUGACCUUAUACUUAGGUCAACUGUUUUUACCAUGAUUCCAUUGUGAUUUAAGUGUAAGGUAACAUUUGUAAGUGACAGCAUGCUAUAUUUAUCUAAAUUCUGAGAAAUAAAGCUUUCCAUUGAUACAAAAUACGAUGUAUUGGGGCAAUUCUAAGGACAUGAAUCGAAAUGGUAAAAAUGUUUAAAAAAUGUUUUUUUAGCCAUUUUUAGGGAAACAAAAUAAUAUUUUAGAAAAUUUUAAAAUUUUUUUUGAUAAUUAAUUAAAAUUUAUAUAAAUAUAAAAACAAAAAUGGUUUUUGAAAGCAAAUAUAUCCAAACCCAGAAAUGCUCAAAAAUAAUUUGUCACUAGCAUCACCCCUUAACAUUUGAGCUUGAUUGUCAUACAGCACAAGGUCUUUUACAUGCUGUCUGUGAUUUCACGUUUAUCUGCUACCUUUUUCUUUGGGAUGAACUACUUGAGGAAGCCGUAUAUAUGUGUGUGUGUAUAUAUAUAUAUAUAUAUAUAUAUAUAUUUAUACAUAUAUAUAUGGCAUCCUUCCUUCUUCGCAAAUGAUGGAAUAGCUAUGUAGUCCUACACUUUGAUGAGUGGCUCACUAGGCCAAUCCUGAAAUGACAAUUUUGACUGCAUUAUUCGCAGGAAAAUAUUGAUUCCUGGUUAGAUUUGGCCUUCCUUAUUGUUGUUUUUGCUGUAAGGGCUUCGUUAAGCUCAUCUUCUGCCUUUUUCACUCCUACAUACACUGCUGUUCACCAGCUGGAACGUUGUUCGGCAAUGAUCUCUCAUUUGUUGAUAUCCCUCAUGCUCCUUUGGCAAACGUUCAUAAAUCUCAGGCAAGGCUGUCCUUUAAGUCUUGUCCCUUCUGCCAACUCUCCAUACAGCAGCAUCUUUGGGAUACAGCCUUUCUCCAUUCUCCUUACAUGGCCUAACCAGCGAAGGCUCCUCUUGCUAAGAGCGGAGAAUAUGCUAAAGAUUUUGUAUGUUCCAAGACCUCUGUGUUAGGCAACUUGUGCUGGCAUCAGAUGCGUAAAAUUAAUGUGAUGCUGACAUCUUUGAUGGAAGCUGUUGAGUUUCCGCUCAUGACUGGUAUAUGUGGUCCACACUUCACUGCCAUAUAGUAGCGUACUAAGCACACAUGCCUGAUAGACACUUAGUUUUGUUUUUUCAGUUAGAUUGAGACCCACUUAUUCAGUUUAGCCAUAGUUGCUGCUGCUUUUUCGAUCCUGAUGUUUAUCGCUUCAACAACGGAGAGACAACUAGAAAUAUUGGAUCCAAGGUAUGUGAAAUGCUCAACAACCGAAAGAUUUUGACCUUUAAUAGAUACGAUUGAAGGGGACGGUGCUUCUUGCAUCAUAUGUGUUUUCUGUAGACUAAUUGACAGUCCAAACUCUUUUCCAAGCGUGUGAUAGACGAUUAACUAGCCGCUGAAGACCUUCUUCUGUGUGAGAUGUUAAGGCGGCAUCAUCAGCAUACAGCAGUCACGUAUUAGUACCUUUUUUACCUUGGUCUUUGCAUAAAGGUGGGCGAUAUUGAACAGCCUACCUUCAGAUCUGGUAUGGAUGUACACUCCAUCUUCACAGUCCCUGAAGGCAAUUUGAAGGUGCAUUGAGAAGAAAAUGGAGAAGAGCGUUGGUGCCAGUACACAACCCUGUUUUAAUCCGCUGCUGACUGGGAAUGUGCUGUGCAUGUUUUUGUGAAAUGACUUUAUGACACAGAAGUAUCUGCAGUAUAAAGGCUCUGGGGCCAUCCAUAAAUGCAGUCAUGCAAAUUUUUACGCUUUUUAAGCCCCCCCCCCUAAAAAAAAAUCCCCCCCCCCCCCCUCUCUCUUUAAAAAUCCCUCUGUCCACUAUUGUCUAUUGUCCUUUGCAAACCCUUGGAAAUUUCACUUCCCAUGGAUAUUGAAUAACAGCACCUGAGUCAGAAACAUUUUCCUAGAGCAGUGGUUCCAGAUGUGACAGCACCCCCUGAGUGGUGGAAGACCCAGAAAAUUGUAUUUGCUGCCUUUUAAAAAAUCAGUUUUUAUUCCUUUGGAUAAGCAGCAGUACCGUAAAUGUUUUUGUUUGGGAUAUUACUUUUAUUUUGUUCCCCUUGUUAAUGUUAAUAGAAUUAAUAGGCAUUUAAUUCAAGAAAUUUUAAUAAUACUAUGAUGACUAAAUUAUUCUCAUAUUUUAAAUGUUACUACAAUAUAAUUUAUAGAGUUUGGGGGUUUGGGGAAAUGUUUAAAACCGAGUGGGACUGCAGUACUACAAAAAGGCUAAGAAUUUCUGCCCUAAAACACUUAAUGUCAUACCAAUCUGGAAUUUCGGUAGACCGAAGAUUAAGGUUGAAGAAGAAAGUUGCAGAACUAUUUACCAUGAUCAUGGGCUAAUUAAGGCUUUCUGAUCUGGCUCUACUAUCAAUUGAAAGUGAUACGGUGAAGGGUAUUGAUUGUUGCUCAAGUGAUUGACAGGUUUGCAGCUUUGAAAAUUUUUAAAUACUGUAAAGUAAAUUUAAUGUAAAAAUAACCAUAACAAUGUUGUUAUGAAAUACCGGUACAUUGAGCUCCUGACCUCCAUUUAAUUUGUUUUUUGUUCUUGUCAUAGUUAUACUGUGGACUUAUUUUAUCAAGAAGAAAUCCAUUGAGGAAGUCGCGGGAAGGGGGGUGACACCAUGAGUUUACUGCAACGGGCGACACCAACCCUAGCUACGCCACCGCCCUGUAGUAAAUUUAUGUACCUGUACAAAGAUUGAAAAAAAGUAUUACUAUUUAACCAAAAAAAAAAUAUUUUAAUUGUGAUAGUAAUAAUUUAUAAUGCAAAUUUAAGGGAAAUCUUUUAUAAAAUAUACUACCUGUAAGUUAGCCUAGAUAUAUUUCUGGAAAUAAAUGCAUUAAGGGUCCACAUUUAAAAAAUUUUACCAAGGUUGUUAUAUACAAAGAAUUUAAUUAUUUAAGUUUAUUUUUCAACAAUUUUUAUUUAUAAAUUGACCUUAAUUAACAAUCUAUAACUUUGUCCAACUUUAUUUAACUCUUAUAUAUUUGUUAGUUACCUCUUUAAAUAUAAAAAGAAAUACAGGUGAUCUGAAAAUAUGAGGACUUAGAAACCAACUUAAUGUUUUAUAACAUAAAAUGAAAAAUUUUCUCUCUGUAACUUGCUUAGUUUUCAUCAGACUAACAAUUAAAAAAAAGAAAUUCUAGAAUUUCAAAGCAAGCAGACUUCUAAAAUAAUACCAUACUAAUUAAAAUUUGUUUGUCAAACAAUUCCGUAUUAUUUUUCUUAGAUGGAACAGUUGGCUUUGUGGUCCCACGAGAUGAAGGUGGUUAUGUAGUUGGUCUCAACCGAACCAUUUCACUAGUGGAUUGGAAUACAAAAGCUGUAACAACACUAGCUGAAGUUGAGCAGGGCUCAAAGAACAGGUUCAAUGAUGCUAAAUGCGAUGCCUCAGGUCGUCUGUGGGCAGGUGACUUAACUGUGUAAAUAUAUAAUUAAAACAAAUACCAGAAAUAUCAUAAACUCAUUUGUUGUUGCCACGUUUGAAUGUUUUUUUAAUACCCGGUACUCAUGAAAAAAUUAUUAUUUUUUUAGUGUUAACAAGAGUGUAAAAAAAACUUGUUUCUUCAUAUAUUCAGGAACUAUGGGGUUUGAAACAGUUCCUGGCAAGGUAGAUAGUGGUGAAGGCAACCUGUAUAGCUUCUCUACAGAUCGCAAAUUAACUAAGCAUCUUGGUAAUAUCGACAUCAGUAAUGGCAUGGAUUGGACUGAUGACAACUCUGUGAUGUACUACAUUGAUUCAGUCCCAAGAAAAGUUUUUGCUUUUGACUUUAACAUUGAAGAAGGAACCAUAAGUAAGCUUACAGUUACAGUCAUAUUAUUAAAUAAUUUACCAGUACAUAUUUCUUUAAACUAAAAAAAAUAAUAUAUAUCUAAACAAAGAAAAUAUUUGUUAUUUUUACAUGAUUUACCUACAGACAAUCAAAGAACUGUUGUUGAGUUUGAGCCCAACACUGAUUCAUCAUAUGGUCUUCCUGAUGGAAUGUGUAUAGAUGUCGAGGGGAAGAUUUGGGUUGCUUGUUUUGGUGCCGGUCGUGUUCACAGAUUUGACCCUGAAACUGGUAAAGCAUGUUUUGCUUAAAAAAAAAUUUGUGCACUGGUUUUCCUUUGAUGGCUUAUUAUUAAUUGUUUCACAGUUAAGCUUUUCUUUAUAUUCUGCAUACACAUUUAUUUAUACUUUACAAACAUGAUGUAACUGCAAGUCUCUUCUUUCUAUUUGGAUUCAUUGUAUUAUUUUCACAGUUUUCUCAAGGGUAAAACUUUCAACAUAUUUAUGUAUGAAUUAAAUUAUUUAUCUGCAGGUAAAACAUUACAAACCUUAGAUUUCCCAGCAACCAAUACAACAUCUGUUUGUUUUGGUGGCAAACAUUUAGAUGAGCUGUUUGUUACUUGCAGUCAGUGGAGACUUCCAGAGGAAACACAAGAUAAACAGCCAUUAGCUGGAUCAGUUUUUAAAGUUACAGGCCUCAAUGUAAAAGGAAGGGCACCAAAUAAUUAUAAAGGCUAAAUGUCCCAGUCCUACAUAGGCUGAUAACAUUUAUUUUGUAUUCAAUUAUGUGUUGAAAUCAGGUGUUGAUUGAUGCUGUCUUAUUUAAAAUGUAUCCAUUUUUGAUCAUUUUUCAUGGAGAUUUUUGUUGACUAAAUGCUGUGUUAUUAUUGCUGCUCAAGAGACUUAGAUGCAUUUAUUAUUAUUGUUAUAAAUUAAGUUUUACAUAUUAGUUAACUAUGAUACAUUGAUAUUUUCUUAUACACACUUCCAACUUCGGUGACUUACCAGACUUACAACUUACAUAGACCAAGAGUCUGAAACUAAGAGUCUUGGUUUACCACAUCUGCAUGCAGAAAAAGUAUUUUAUAGAUAAAUAAAAAAAACAAAAAUGUUAACAAAGAUAAUUUCUUUUUGUGUAAUCUUCAAUAAUUAUUUUCCUUGUAAGGAAAUCAAGUGUUGUUUUAAAUAUUGAAAUUAAAAAUGGGCUAAUUAAAAUGACUAAGUGGCUCUGUUUCAGGCCUAAUGUUUCUCAGUAACUCUUAAAAACAACCACAGGCAUUUGGAUUUGUGAAUUUUAAAAAAAAUUUGUGAUUAUCAAAGCCUUAAAUUCUAUCCUACUCCAACUUUAAAAAAAAAAUGUUUAAUACCAGUAAUUCUCAACUGUUUACUGGACUGACAUUAACUAUAAAAGGAAAUUAGAAUCGGCUAUAACUUUUUGAAACCUACUUCUGCAAUAUUUGUUUUAUUAUUAACCAAUAAAAUUUUUCCCAAUUUGAUUUUGCCCUGUGCUUUAUAGUUAUUAAAUCAGGUAAAUAUUUCAAUGCAUGUUUUUCAUUUCACAACUUUUUCCAAAUUGCAGUCCAAUUUUAAUGAUUUUUUUAAGUGGAAAAAUCUAGGUUUCAAAAAUUGAACCAUAAAACUGACAUUUUUAAAGUAAAAAAGGGUUUAAAUAAGGAACCUUUAUUAUGCUUUAUCAUGUUUUUAAAAAGAUGCCUUACAAAACUAUUUUUUUAAGAGACAUGCCAAGUAUAUUAUUGAGAAAAAUUAUGUCCUAAUUUGCACUUCUAUUGAAAUUUCAAACCUGUGGAGUUACAAAAUGAUAUUUAUUUUCAGUUUUUAACCAUCUAGAUUUCACGUAAUUAUAUUUGUAUAUAUUUCUCAUGUAUUACACAGGUAUAUCAGGGAUCAGUGCAAAUUCUUUUUUAAUAAAUGAAUUUUAAAAUUUAUACAAGUGCCUGUUUACAUAAUUUUUAUCAAGUCACUAUAAAUGGUCAAGUUUAUUUAAUGAACCUGGUAUUUCAAGAUACCUGAGACAUAUUUGUUUGGCAUAGCUAGGCCUAUAUUUUAUAACCAAGAAUGAAUUUAAUUAACUUUAUUUAGUUCUAUAAGUAAGAAAUUAAACCAAAUUUAUUUUGGUUUUCAAUUCACCAUUGCAAAUUUAAUCUUAAAAAUAUCUUAUCAAUACAAAAAUCUAUUUAAAUAAAACUACAGGCAAAUGUGUAAAAUUUAUUAUUAUUAUCUUUUUUUAAAUUAAAGAAAUAUAUUAUUUUGCGCCAAAUUUUUAUUUCUAUUUCAGUAUUGCUCUAUUGAAAUACAUUGCUUUAUUACUUAUCCAUGUGAUUUGAUCUUGAUCCAUAUUAUUAAUUAUCUUGUAUAAAAUUAUUUGUACAUGUACUGUACAUUCAUUUUUCAUGAGAGACAAAAUGUAAAACUCCAAUAAAAUUGUGAAAGAAUGUUUUUAAACAAUUCAGAAGUCUUUUUUUUUUUAAGAUCGAUCAAUCGGAAAUUUUAAAAAAUAAAUUAA